GUCCGAACUGCCCAAGGUCCUGUUGCCAUUGCUGGGGCAUGCGAGCAGGAUGCACCAGGCUGCUUCUUCUGCCUUCCCAACAGCUGGGAAUGCUAUUCUUCAUUCACAGUCCCGCCGAACCGGUCUUAGAAUAGCACACACGAUUCGUGCAAGAGCUAUCAGAAGCCAAUUGCAGAGUCAGAGAAAAGAGGAUAAAUGGUCCCUUCGCGGAAUGACAGCCCUCGUCACCGGCGGAACUCGUGGAAUCGGCCGCGCGAUUGUGGAGGAAUUGGUUGGAUUGGGGGCUCGAGUGCAUACCUGUGCUCGAAAUGAUACUGAACUCAGUAAAUGCCUCAACGAUUGGAAUGCUUCGGGUUUUGAAAUCACUGGGUCCAUCUGUGACGUGUCCGUUCCACAGCAAAGAGAGGUGAUGAUGGAGAACGUCUCGUCUAUCUUCGACGGGAAGCUCCAAAUCCUUAUAAAUAAUGUGGGGACAAACAUUCGGAAACCAAUGACAGAGUUCACGAGUACAGAGUUUUCCACUCUCAUCGACACUAACUUAGCAUCCGCCUUUCAUUUAUGCCAACUUGCUUAUCCGCUUUUGAAAGCAUCAGAAGUGGGAAGCGUUGUGUUUGUCUCCUCUGUCUCUGGUUUUGUCUCACUGAAGUCGAUGUCUGUUCAAGGAGCUACCAAAGGGGCAAUUAACCAACUAACCAAAAAUCUUGCCUGUGAGUGGGCAAAAGACAAUAUACGGUGUAAUGCAGUGGCUCCCUGGUACAUAAGAACUUCAAUGGUGGAGCAAGUGCUGAGCAACGAAGAGUAUCUGGAAGAAGUAUACUCUCGAACUCCUCUGAGGCGGCUGGGAGACCCAGCAGAAGUGUCUUCUCUUGUUGCGUUUCUUUGCUUACCGGCGUCAUCAUAUAUCACUGGCCAGAUUAUAUGCGUGGAUGGAGGAAUGACCGUGAAUGGUUUUUAUCCAGCACACGACUAGGAGUUUCGAUAUGCAUCAUACUCCACACGCCAACCAUGGAUUUUAUUAGUUUGAACUUCCAACAACCAUCCGUGUAGAAUCAAUGUUCUGAUAUCAGCAAAAUUUUAUUAUGGGAAAGGUGAAGGUGUUGAUCAACCUUGCAAGGCGGCUUUUUUAAUAUUGCAAUAAUUGAUUAAUUUUUUUCCCCCUUAA